AUGGUCAAAAAACCAAAGCCGGGCCUGUCCCUAGCUCUCGAAGAUGCUUCAGUCGCCCCAUCAACCUUCAACGACGGAUUACCUCUUCCGAAGCUGAUCGUCUUUGAUCUCGAUUACACAUUGUGGCCUUUUUGGGUCGACACACACGUGAGCGCACCCGUGAAGCCCAAGGACAACAAUUCAAGAUGUGUAGAUAAAUGGGGCGAAUCAUUCGCUUUCUACCCUGCCGUGUCUUCGAUUCUCUACUCAGCUCGCUCGCUGAACAUCCCCCUCGGAAUAGCCUCACGCACCCACGCCCCCGAACUCGCGCGCGACAUGCUCAAAGCCCUCCACGUUAUCCCGACAUUCUCUGACAAUCCAGCCGCCCGUGACGCGCGACGCUCGAUCCGCGCUCUCGACUAUUUUGACUUCACCCAGAUCUUCCCCGGAAGCAAGACCCAACACUUUACGCGCAUCCACCAAGCCAGUAACAUCGCCUAUGAAGACAUGCUGUUCUUCGACGACGAAGCACGGAAUCGCAACGUGCAGAACGAACUCGGCGUUACUUUCUAUCUGAUCAGGGAUGGAAUGACCAGGGACGAAAUCGACCGGGGCGUGUGGGACUGGAGGAAAAAAUUAGGCAUCAAGCCAGGAGAUCAGCCGGUAGCGCCGGAGGAUAGGGAGGUUAGUCGAUUUGAUGAAUGA